AUGGAGUUGGGAAAUUACACCAGAGUCAAAGAAUUUACAUUUCUGGGGCUUACUCAAUCCCAAGACCUAAGCUGGGUCUUAUUUCUGCUUUUGUGUUUUGUGUAUGUGGUAACUCUGCUGGGAAACCUCCUCAUCAUGGUCACCGUGACCUGCGAGCCCCGCCUUCACACCCCCAUGUACAUCCUGCUCCGCAACCUCUCUGUCCUGGACAUCUGCUUCUCCUCUGUCACUGCACCCAAGGUCCUAGUCGACCUUCUCUCAAGGAAAAAGACCAUCUCCUUCCCGGGCUGCAUCACCCAGAUGUUCUUCUUCCACCUCCUUGGUGGGGCAGACAUUUUCUCUCUCUCUGUCAUGGCCUUGGACCGCUACGUGGCCAUCUCCAGGCCCCUGCACUACGUGACCGUCAUGAGCAGCGGGCGGUGCACGGCCUUCAUCGCGGCCUCUUGGCUGGGCGGCUUCAUCCACUCCAUCGUGCAGAUCGCCCUCUUGCUCCCGCUCCCCUUCUGCGGGCCCAACGUUCUCGACACUUUCUACUGCGAUGUCCCGCAGGUCCUCAACCUCGCCUGCACUGACACUUUUGCUCUGGAGAUCCUGAUGAUUUCCAACAAUGGCCUGGUCACUACGCUGUGGUUUAUCUUCCUGCUUGUGUCCUACAUGGUCAUCCUGACAAUGCUGAGGUCUCACACAGGCGAGGGCAGGAGGAAAGCCGUCUCCACCUGCACCGCCCACAUCACCGUGGUGACCCUGCACUUUGUGCCCUGCAUCUACGUCUACGCCCGGCCCUUCACUGCCCUCCCUGCGGAUAAGCCCAUCCACGUCACCUUCACGGUCAUCUCCCCUCUGCUCAACCCCCUGAUCUACACCCUGAGGAACCAGGAGAUGAAGUCAGCCAUGUGGAGACUGCAGAGAAGACUCAUUCUUUCUGAAAGAAAAUAG